AUGGCUUAUCAUAAGGUCAGUGCGGACCAGAAGGCUCAAUACCUAGACAAUGAGGACCUCCAAGCAACCACACUUGAACUGGAAUGGGAUAUGGAGAAAGAACUGGAAGAGCUGGGCUUUGAUCCUUUCCAGAUGGACGGGGCCGUCCACCAACAAGCGGGCACUAUGCAAAACACAGAUGUUGACCUGGAGCCCAUUCAGCCAUCAGCGUCUCCCAAAGGGCGGUUUCAGAGGCUUCAGGAAGACACCGAUUAUGUCUCCCAUUAUACCAGGCCGCCACCAAAGAGCAAUCGCUGCAGCUUUUGCCGGAUGCUUAAGCUAUUUUGCACUGCCACAUGUUUAUUAUUGUCGGGGAUUUUGAUAGGUUAUUAUGGGCAUGAAAAAUGCCUUCCGUCGCCGGUGUCUCCAGAACCAAGUCAUCCUCACCUUGACCAGGACAUUCUUGAAGACAUCAAAGUGAAAGAUCUUGCACAGAUUUUCAGGGAUUUGAUAGAGCUGCCCACAAAAGAAGACAGAGAGAUUGCGACCAAGCUCUUUGUUCAAUGGUCAUCCUACGGCCUCGAAGAUGUCCAGCUCGUAAAUUACUCUGUCCUGCUUGACCUGCCGGGCUCUUCUCCAAACACAGUGACUCUGACAAGCACCGAGGAAUGUUUUUUUCCUAGUGGACAGCUCUGUAACAAAGAGACCCCAAAGCUUCAUAGUCAAGACCUCCUGUACUCCUAUGCUGCCUACUCUGCCAAAGGAACUCUCACGGCUGAAGUUGUCGAUGUGCAGUAUGGGACCGUGGAAGAUUUGCUCAGGAUUCCAGACAUCACCAAUGUCACCCGCAAAAUUGCUCUUUUGAAACUAGGACAUUUGCCCUUGCUGUAUAAGCUUUCUCUGCUAGAAGAGAUGGGUUUUGGAGGGGCUCUCCUUUACAUUGAUCCUUGUGAUUUACCAAAGGCGAAAAACCUCAGCAAUAAAGCAUUUAUGGUAUCCUUAAACAGCGGAGGCGAUCCUUCGACACCCGGGUACCCAAGUAUUGCUGGAAGCUAUAAACAGAACCGAUCAAACCUCACUUCUCUAUUCGUCCAGCCUAUUUCUGUGAUGCUAGCAAGAAAGCUGCUCUCUUCCCCUAAUGAAGGUGUUGAAAAUGAAGCAUGCAGGCCACUGGAAUUGCCUGUGACAGAAAGAAAAGUUGUAAUUCUGAACGUUCAUACUCAGCCAACCUACACGACAAUGUCUAAUGUUAUCGGGUAUAUAAAAGGGGCUACACUUCCUGAUAGAUACAUCAUUGUCGGCAGCCAUCACAGCAGCUUACGCGGUUAUGGUGGCCAGCAGUGGGCUCACGGCACCACAGUGACGACGGCCCUCAUUCAAGCCUUGACGCGGAAAGUGAGGAAAGGCUGGAGGCCGGAUCGAACAAUACUUUUUUGCUCCUGGGGAGAAACAGCAUUUGGCAAUAUUGGCUCCUAUGAAUGGGCAGAGGACCUCAGGAAAGUUCUCGAGAGAAACACUGUGGCCUAUGUGAGUCUUCACGAUCCCAUAAGAGGCAAUGGGGUUUUACACUCCAUAGCAUCCCCUUCCCUUCAGCAACUGGCAACCGAGAGACAGAACUUCAGCUGUCCAGGGAACGAGAGGUGCAUGGGAGCCAACGUCAGUUCCGUCCAGAUGCAAGGCGAUUCCGAUUAUUUCAUCAACCAUCUCGGGGUCCCGGCGGUGCAGUUUUCAUAUGAGGAUUCGACAGCAUCGGAGACUGCAAGCUUUCUCUCUGACGCCCUUUUCCCCGAAGAUUCAACACUAUUCAAGGAGCUGGAUCCCUCCGCUCACCUGCAUGAACAUAUCGCUAAGCUGACAGGAGAAGUAAUUUUGCAAAUUGCCAGCAAUCCCGUUUUGCCGUUUAAUGCCCUGGAUAUUGCGCUAGAAGUUCAGAAGAGCCUAAAAGGUGACCAUCUAGACACCGAACAGUUGUUGUCAAUGGCCUACGCUCUGCGAGAGAGCGCACAGUUGUUCCAGUCAGAUGAAAUGCGCCCAGCUAAUGACCCAAAAGAAAGAGCUCCCACCCGUGUCAGAAUGCUCAACGAUGUACUGCAGAGUCUAGAGAAAAACUUCCUAGUUCAACAAGUUCCUCCAGGAUUUUACAGAAACAUCCUUUACAAACUGGAUGAGAGGACGCAGCAAUUUUCAGUACUGCUCGAGGCGGUCAGACACGGCAAGCUGCAUCGUUCAAACGAGACUCUUCAGGCAGCCCUGUCAACGGUCCUCAACAGCUUCAAUUCAGCUCAGGUUUAUUUCAAAGCAGGGCUCGACGUCUUUGAGGCCGUCUUGGUGGGGAGCCACUGA